GUAGCAGAUCAUAUUUCUGCUGUCUCAGAGGAGGACAUUUCCCUUUUUCUUUUAGGGUCCAGUGUGCUUUGAAGAUGUUGCUGUUCGUUUCACGGACGAGGAGUGGGCGUUGCUGGAUCCUGACCAGAGAGCUCUGCAUAAGGACGUCAUGAAGGAGAAUUGUGGGAUCGUGGCCUCUCUUGAUUGUGAUGAAUUGGAAAGGAAGAACAAAGAAGAACACAACACAAUCUGCAGAGUGGAGAAGGCAUGUAAAAAAUUGGAGUGUGGAAAGAGCUGCAGUCAGAGCUCCCAUUCCACUUCCCAUAAAAGAAAUUUCUUUCGAAAGAAACCCUAUCGGUGCAUGGAAUGUGGAAAGAUAUUCAGUACGAGCUCCUCUCUCACUUCACAUCAAAGAAUUCAUACAGGGGAGAAACCCUAUGAGUGCAUGGAAUGUGGAAAGAGCUUCACUUAUAGCUCCCAUCUCACUUCCCAUCAAAGAAUUCAUACAGGGGAGAAAAAAUAUAAUUGCUUUGAAUGUGGAAAGAGCUUUAGUAGGAGCUGUAAUCUCACUUCCCAUCAAAGAAUUCAUACAGGGGAGAAACCCUAUCAGUGUGUGGAAUGUGGAAAGAACUUCAGGAAGAGCUCCGAUCUCACUAGGCAUCAGAGAAUUCAUACAGGGGAGAAACCCUAUCAGUGUGUGGAAUAUGGAAAGAGCUUCAGGAAGAGCUCCGAUCUCACUAGGCAUCAGAGAAUUCAUACAGGGGAGAAACCCUAUCAGUGCAUGGAAUGUGGAAAGAGCUUCAGUCACAGCCGCAGUCUCACUUACCAUCGAAGAAUUCAUACAGGGGAGAAACCCUAUCAGUGCAUGGAAUGUGGAAAGAGCUUCACUGAUAGCUCCCAUCUCAUUUCCCAUUACAGAAUUCAUACAGGGGAGAAACCCUAUCAGUGCGUGGAAUGUGGAAAGAGCUUCAGAACAAGCUCCUCUCUCAAUUCCCAUCAGAGAAUUCAUACAGGGGAGAAACCCUAUCAGUGCAUGGAAUGUGGAAAGAGCUUCAGUACAAGCUCCGAUCUCACUAAACAUCAAAGAAUUCAUACAGGGGAGAAACCCUAUCAGUGCAUGGAAUGUGGAAAGAGCUUCACUUAUAGCUCCCAUCUCACUUCCCAUCAAAGAAUUCAUACAGGGGAGAAACCAUAUAAUUGCUUUGAAUGUGGGAAGAGCUUUAGUAAGAGCUGUAAUCUCACUUCCCAUCACAGAAUUCAUACAGGAGAGAAACCCUAUCAGUGCAUGGAAUGUGGAAAGAGCUUCAGGAAGAGCUCCGAUCUCACUUGGCAUCAGAGAAUUCAUACGGGGGAGAAACCCUAUCAGUGCAUGGAAUGUGGAAAGAGCUUCAGUACAAGCUCCGAUCUCACUAAACAUCAAAGAAUUCAUAAAGGGGAGAAACCCUAUCAGUGCGUGGAAUGUGGAAAGAGCUUCAGUCACAGCCACAGCCUCACUUCCCAUCAAAGAAUUCAUACAGGGAAGAAAACAUAUAAUUGCUUUGAAUGUGGAAAGAGCUUUAGUAGGAGCUGUAAUCUCACUUCCCAUCACAGAAUUCAUACAGGAGAGAAACCCUAUCAGUGUGUGGAAUGUGGAAAGAGCUUCAGUACAAGCUCCUCUCUCACUUCACAUCAAAGAAUUCAUACAGGGGAGAAACCCUAUCAGUGCAUAGAAUGUGGAAAUAGCUUCACUUAUAGCUCCCAUCUCACUUCCCAUCAAAGAAUUCAUACAGGGGAGAAACCAUAUAAUUGCUUUGAAUGUGGAAAGAGCUUUAGUAAGAGCUGUAAUCUCACUAGGCAUCAAAGAAUUCAUACAGGAGAG